AUUAAUGAUAAUCCUGGAUGGACAUUCAUUUCUGACAAGCAAAAGGGUCUAAUGCCAGCACUAGAUGAGGUGUUUCCCUCUAGUGAGAAGCGUCAUUGUACCAGGCAUCUUGUGACCAAUCUAAGUGCUGCAUGUGGAUCAUCAGCGAGGGUUAAGGAGCUAUUCUGGGAAGCAGCUAGAGCCACCACUGUCUCUGAAUUUCAAGUUGCUAUGAGAAGCCUGUCGGAUUACAACAAGCCCUCUUAUGAUUGGCUUGUUGACAAGCCAUACUACCAUUGGUCCAGGUCGCAUUUUCAGUGUCUCGUUUUAACAGAUACGGACACGAACAACCUGGUUGAGAGCUGGAAUAAUGUCAUCGUCGAUGAGAGGGAUUUGGGUCCUGUUGGCAUGUGGGAAGGGAUUAGGAGGAGGCUGAUGGUGCUAUAUGCCAAAAGACGACGUAUAGCCAACAAGUGGGCUGGUCCUUUGUGUAAAAACAUUGAGAAGAAUUUGCAAAAACUAGGAGAAGAAGCCCUUAAGUGGUCUGCUGAAUCAAACGGCAAC